UAUAAAAAGAAUUGAGUUCAACGAUUUAUUGAAAAUUAUCUCACAAUAUUAGUUCACCCGUUUGAAUUGGGUUCUGUAAAAAUUAAAUUUAAUAAAUAAGGACAAAAAUAAACUUUUUUACUCAAACAAAGAACUUUUUCACAUUAAAACACCCUUUAAACGAAAAAUGUAAAGAAAACCAAAAAAAUUACAGCCAUGUUCAUCCAGAACUAAACUGUGCCAAUUAUAUUUCGAUUUUUCAGCCAAUUUCUUUUUCAAAGCUUCAAUAGUCCACUCAGUCAAAUAAAGCACUUCUUUUUCACACGAAAGCACUUUAAACACAAUAGAUAAAUGAAAGGCGAAAAAUAACACAUUCAUUCACUUCUUUACGGAAACGGAAAUCAUUACAACCCAUUAUCUGUUCCUACAUGUACACAAAAUUUUUCAAUCGCAUGUAUUAAAAAAAUAAUUAAUUUUUAAUUUACAAACUGUAUUAACUGUCUCUUCUUUUUUAACUUCAACUAAACUAUCAUUUUAUCAAACUAAGAGAAAUAAAGUUAAAUACUUGUAUGUGCACGGAAAUUUCUACUCACAUAAACUGCUCAUAUUCACCCAGAGAACAUAGUCUAGAAUCCCUGUUUUUCUGCUCUUUUUAUGUAAGCACUUAAUGUAAUUUUGCAGAAACAGAAGUCAUUUUCACACUUCAAAUUACACAUAUGUGUACAUUAUACACACAAUGAAAAAAUAUCAGGUUUACUUAUAAACAUAUUUUUUUCGUGUAUCGAAAAGCUCUCUGAAUUCGAUAAAGAUAUAUACAUAUAGGGAAUUGAAUCUAAGAGUCCACAUUGCAAGAAUAAAUAUAAUAUACUGACAUUCGAACUACAAGUACAAGUAAGAGCUGAGCUCGUUUUGAGCGAUCAGUUGUGAUUUGAGCGUGGUUCGGGAAACAACAUCAGAACAAAGAUAGCGAGAAUGUACACUAAAGUAAACCUAUGAGAACGCGCGUACUUUGUUUAACUUAUAAAUAUUGAAUAAAAACGAUAUACAAGUAUGCACGACAGUUACAUAUUAGAUUGUAUCUACAUAUUCAUAUACAUAUAUGGUAUAAAUGAGCGAAAGUGAAUAUAAAAGCGAUUUAUGAAAAUUUAAUUAUUAAAAAUGCCAGCAAAUAAAGCAAACAAUUAAUAUCGGAUAAUUUGAGUUUAUAGCUUAAUUAAUUUUUGAUGAAUGUCAAAAAUGUAUAGUAAUUAAAAUUUGAAACCCAAUAAAUUAACAAUGUUAUGACAAUAAUGGUUUAAUUACAAUAUAACAUAUUUACUUUUUAUAAACUUAAAAUGUGAUAUAAAAUCGGUCUAAUUAUAUUUACAUACAUACAACAAACAUUUCUCUAAGGAGAAAUACAUUUAUUUAACCGCACAUGUGAAUAUCUGCAAUGAAAAAUCUAAAUAAAUAUAUAUCAACUUACAUAUCGUAUGCGAAUUGAUAAAAAUUAAUUGAUGACACAAAAAAUUAAUUGAAUAAAAAAUACACGCAGCGUCUCAAGUUGACUUGAAGAAAACAAUUAACGCACUGGUAUAUACCGAAAAUUUCAAGAUUUCUGGUAAAAAACUAACUUUUGGAAUGUUCUUUAGAAUGUGUUUGUGAAUAAGAUCACACCUAUAAUGAAUUUACUAAACCAUUUACAUAGUAAACGCUACGACCGUUUCUUGUAGUAAAAAUUAAAUAAUCUGCAUAACCCAACAUACGUGAGGAAGGGAUCUUUACCGCAUGUAUACAUUCAUGCAUAUGUAGAUCAUAGCACAAGAACAAUUAAUAAUGAUUAUUCAUGUUGAUGUGUGGGCGCGACUACAUUCUGUUUGUCACAUAUCCUGCAAAUGUGCGAAAAAAAUAUGUGACGGAAUUUCAUUGACAUCAAUAAUGAAUUCAUUUCAUUGGCUGAUAAUACUCCUAUUGUUGGUUAGUUGUGAUAUGUGCAAAUCAAAUGAAUAUCCAGUGACAAACAAAGCAGUUACUGCAACGGACAGCACAAACAGUGGCGAGCAAGUAACGAGUGAUAUUACACAUCUGUUCGAUGCAAAUAUUGCACAGAAAACUGGCCCUGCACCUGAAUACACCACAACUCGAAGAGCAGAGAUUUUUGAUACGGAAAAUGUUAAAAAUGCAAUGAUUAUAAAUGUAACAAACGAGUGUAUGGAACACUGCAAACUGGAAGCAGCUUACUAUUUGAAUGAAUACGGAUUGGAUUGUGGUGCCAAAGGCGGGAGUCCCGUAUGCUUCGAGAAACAAUGCACAAAAGGAUGUGAACAAUGGAUGGAAGCGUUAACCAACUCUGAGAGCUGCCAGGAAAUAUGUGUUUCAACGCAACUACAUAGUCUGGAUUUACCAUGCACGUUUGCAUGCGAGAUGGGUCAAAGGCGAUACUGGGAUUACCAAAAGGAAAUGAUAGAACCAAAAAUAAAACUUGAAAUACCUUACAUAAAAAUGUCAAAUAACACAGAUGAUUUAAAAUUGGUUUGGAAUAUAUUGUUGCCUGAUUCUUUUUUCCAUCAGUUAAGCAUAUACAUUCAAUACCAAUAUAUUAAAGAAAACAAAUCCGAAGCACAAACUUGGGAAAAUCUUACAAAUUUUGAUUGCAACCGGUAUUUCGUGUGUGAAAUAUUAAAUGAUUUGAUUCCUUUUGCUGUAUAUAAGUUUCGUUACAAAAUGAAAUUUGGAAAAAAUACGAAUCAAAUUGUAUAUUCGCCACCAACGAAGUCAUUUAGGACCAAAGCUAAAGGAGUCCCACUUUCGAAACCACUGUUGAAACAAGCAAUUGCUUUGGAUCACAAUCAUAUCAGUAUCAUUUGGAAACCAGGUAUUUUUACUUGUGGGCCUUUAAAAGGCUAUGUGUUGACUUUGGAAAACACAAAUUCAUCACAAAAGCAGAUAUUACCUCACGACAGGGAAAACUUUGUUUUUUCCCAUUUGUUACCAGCUACGAAAUACUCUGUAAAACUAUCCAUGUUAAAUAUGGAGGGGGAAGGUAGUUUUGUUGAAACAUUUAUUCAAACAAAAGCUGCGUCUUUAUAUGGAAAUUCAGAGAACAUUGACCUAGUGCUUUUAGCUGGAGAAUAUAGCAUUAGAAUUAAAAGUUUAGAAUCUUUACCAGACUCUAAACUUGUUUUCGAAUGUGAAAAUCUCAUAAUAGAUUAUGCGCUUUACUCAUCUUUUGGAGAGUACUUUGUUUAUAUCAUUGAUUCAUUGGGAAAUAUUAUGAGACUUCCUUGGAAUGAUGAAAAACCAAGAGGCUCGAUUCCCACUUUAGAUAAAUUGGCUGAAUUUAUACCGAAGAAAAUGAGUGUGGAUUGGUUAAAUAAAAUGCUCUUCAUAGCAGUACAUACACCUAUUGCUGAGUGGGCAAUUAUUUCUACGGAUUUAGAUGGCAACUUUCCUAGUUUUAUAAUAAAAAAUGUUACUAAGUCAAUCGAUCACAUGGAAGUAGAUCCCAUAAAUGGUUGGUUAUUUUGGAUCAACAAUGGCAACCUUAUUCGAACAAAUCUUGCUACUAAUUACUCAGAGAUCAUAAUUAAGAGGAAUGUUGGUAUUUUUUCAAACAAUUAUCAAAGGAGUUUAUUAAUAUUUUACAACACAAGUGAUCACGAAUUAUAUGAAAGCACUUUUGAUGGGGAAUAUAUACAAAAUCUUCGUUUGAAAUUAUCUAUUAACAUGCCGCAAAUUCAAAGUUUUUGGUACAAUGGGAUUCAUCUUCUGGGCACGAAUGGUACUCAUCUAUUCAGGAAGAACUAUAAUGAACAUGAGUAUGACAUUUCGAUUGUGAAAGAGUUGGAAUGGUGUUGGAGUGUUACGCCAUUGACACGACAAACAAAUUUUAUACAAGCACAACCAAUGCUAGAAAAAAGUCCGGAUAAUUUGAGAGCUUUUGUCACUUCUAAGAUGGCGAAAAUUGUUUGGAAUGAACCUAAGCUAACUGAAUACCAGACAGAAUAUGCCUGGCGCAAGUGGGAUUAUGAGCUUGAAAUUAUGGACUUGGCAAGUAAUAGCGCUUUUAAUAUACGCAAUAUAAAGACAAACUAUUUCAAUGUGGAAAAAUUGCAACCGAACAAUGUGUAUAAGUUUCGUGUACGUGUAGUUCUUGGUGGUACAAUGGGCUCGUGGUCUAGAGCAUUGUUGACACGUACUUGGCCCUUUGGGGAGUAUACAUUUUUAGCAGCAAGCCUAAAUGGUAUAUACGAAAUUAAUGAAACCGGUGAGCAUGUAGAGCAGGUCGGUCAAAUGGAAAACGUAAGAGAUUUUGUGCAGUUGAAUGCAACAAUAUACUACAUUACUGAGGACAAUCGUUUGCAAUGUGCGAACAUCAUAAAUCCUGAGAUAAAUUGCUCAUUUACAGCCACAAAUGCGAUUAGCUUGUCAUAUGAGUGGCGAGGUGGGAAGAUGUAUUGGGUAGAUUCUCUGGGAAAUUGUGUGAAGAGAGCGAACUUAGAUGGCAGUCAACAAGAGAUGCUACCCAUAUUCAGCGCAGAGUACAUCGCAAUAGAUUCACAUAGUGGCCACAUUUACUACUCAACAAGAACGAGAUUAGUGAGACGAUUUUUAGGUGAUACGCUUGACACGGAUGAAUAUGAAUAUUACCAUACCAACACAAAUGAAGACGUAAUAAGUGAAUUUGCCUUGGAUAUUAUAGCGAAACGACUGUUUUGGGUUGUUCGAAAAGGCGAUGGAGACGUUCAGUUAUUCCGAGUAAGCAUUGACACGUUUGUAGAUGACUUGCAAUACAGUUUCAUAGAAAACGGCAUUCAAAUGGGCUCUUUAAAUUUUUUACAUGAAAUUGACAGUGUUAUUUGGUUGACGUCAAAUUCAAAUACAAUUAUUUUCGUAAGAACCGGCAAUUCAACUAAUGAAAUGCAAAUUCAACUACCUCAGUUAAGCAAAAUAAACUGCAUUCAUUUAAAGUCAAGUUAUAUACCAUCCAUUGAUUUGUCUGUUGUUCCUGAAGCUGUUGACAUCAAAAGUAUUCGUAUUAAUCAAGCCUAUACAAAUGAAUGGGUUAUUAGAUGGCAUCCGGUUAAUACUUCGGAAAAUUAUGCAAUAUUCUACAACAUUCUAUUACAAUUUAAUAAUUCUAAUUACCAAACAAAUGUAAUUUAUAAGACUAACGAAUCAUUCGUAAUAAUGGAUAAAACUCACACAUUGGAGUCAUAUUUUAAUAUUUCUAUAACACCGUUCACAUAUUGGAGCAUUGGUUCACCCACGAUUCUACAACUUUUUAUUCCUAGUACUAGUAUAUUCCCUCCAGAGCGAAUGCGAAUUUUUAUUGAGCCCUUCAAUGACCCACUUGAGGCUAAAAACAAUAUUACCGCAACUGUUCGUUGGGAAUCUCCGGAAAAUGAAAACACCUCUUCUAAAAUAGCAUAUAAAAUAUAUUGCUGGCUUGGAAAGAAACUGCACGCUGAAAGAAUUUAUAAUUCAAGUAAUGAAAGAUUUUUUGAAAUAUCAAUUGAUGGUCUGCAUAUUGGAGAGUCUUAUGUUUUCCAAGUUCAAUCUUUUAUAUCGGGAAUUGAAAAACUAGGGCAAAACAGUACACUUCAACUUCACAUUAACCCAGAAGUUCAAUCCAAACCCAUCUUUAUAUAUGCCACAAGUGAAUAUAUUGCAGAAUACGAUCUGGAUUUGAAUAUCAACAAAGUAUUAAUACAAACCAGCAGUCAAGUGGAGCAUUUAGCAGUUAUGUCAAGCGAAAAACGUAUUUUGUGGGUAAACGAAAAUGUAGAGCUUAUUUCGGCAACAGCUGGUUUAAAACCAAUCAAAUUAGCCAGAAUGCGGGCUGAAGUUCUGUCUUUGACAGUCGACUGGAUUCAACGGAUUGUAUACUGGGCUGAAUUGGAUACAGAUGAUAAGUCCAGUGUCUCCAUAUAUGAGCUUGAUUUAUGUCAGUUCGAAGGAAAAGUAAUGGCACCACAUAAAUUACUUACUCUUGACAGAGGGAAAAAUGUGCGAGACCUCACUAUAAUGCCAUUUUUGAAUAUUCUUCUUUGGCUUGAACGUGACAAGGAAGCUAAUAUUUCUACUCUUGUUGGUCGAAUUUUGAGUAAUUCCACUUUCAUGGAUUUCGAAACGACAUAUUUUCACAAAAUGUUUGUGUCAUCACUGGAAUCUGUUAGCCUGGUAGAUAUGGAUGGAAAUAUUUGUAUUUAUGACAUUUCAAAGCGUAUGUGUAGUUCACAAAUCGAAGCAGUUCUGGCCAAACCAGAGGAAAUAUUUAAAAUAGACCGUGAUAGCAAUUAUAUAUAUCUAUUAGAAAAUGAAAAAGUAUAUUCAUAUAGUGUUCAAAAACAAAAUUUUGAAUAUCAAGUAAACAUUAAAGACAUAAAAAAUGUAAAGGCAUACAACUAUCAACAUUUUCCGGAGCGCAACUGCCUUUUACCGGAUCAUGAUAUGUUAUCAAAAAAUAAGCAAUUGUUAAACCCUAAGAUAGUUUAUGUGAGUGAAAACUAUAUGACCUUGAAUUUUCCAAACCUAUAUGAAAUUGAGAAAUGUACAGUAAAAGUUCCGGGGAUAAAACAUACUUUAUGGAUUACAGAUAAUUACAAAGAGUCGCGAAGCCACAUAACGUUAGAUAACACUCUAAACGUAACAAAUAUUCAGCCUUUUACCAAUUAUACUAUACAAUUGUCUAUAUCAUCUUAUUAUCAAAGAAAAUUCAAAUUAGAUGAAUGGUAUUCUGAUAUUAUUACAGUGCUCACAGAUGUAGGUACACCUUCUGUGCCUGUCAAUUUCACGGCAUAUGCCUUAAAUCCCACACAAAUUUAUGUUACAUGGAAUCCUCCGGAGCGACCUAAUUGUGGAAAAGUAUGGUAUGAACUACAUUGGCAAGAAAUGAUCUCUAGUGAAAGGGCAUACAAACGAAUUAACAGUCUAAACUAUUUACUUACGAAUUUAGAAUCUUCUCGAGAGUAUAAACUUUGGUUGAAAGCUUUUUCUAACAAAUCCAAAUUCAACAGCACACUUUCGGUCAUAGUGAAGACAUUUGAAACUCCUUCUCGACUUUGGCUAGUAAAAAAAUCUGCUCAUAACUUGACUUUAAGUUGGGUUACUUCGGAUAAUGUUACUAGGUCGGUUCUCGCUUGCCAAGAAGUAAAUGGCGAUAAUGAGUUCAGUAUUGAUAUUACAGAAGAUUCAUCUUUAAUAGUUGUACCAAAUUUAGAUCCAAAAACGAAAUAUCAGUUUUUCCUUGAAAUAUUUUAUGGAUCUCUUGUAGAUCCUUAUAUAUGGCCAGAGGUACCUAAUGAAUACUUCAUUUAUGAAACCCUGGGCGCAUCUCCUGGACGACCAGGUCAACCGCAGAUCGAACAUACCAUAAGGGACGUGUUUAGAAUAUUUUGGGACGCAGCUCCAAAUAAUGGGGAGUUAAUAGCAGAAUAUUCUUUGGAGGCGUUACAAGCUCGUAAAACCAAACGCAUAAGAAGAAGUCAAGCGACAAAUCUAGACUACAUGAAUAAUUCAGUAGACAAUUUCAGUCAAAUUCUUUGGGCCGAAGAACCAAGUCCAAUUGAAGAUAAAUGGAUAGUGGCAUGUAGUACAACCAAAUUAAAUUGCAUUAUACGAGAAAUUUAUAUACAGAGACUUUUGAUGUUCCGAGUGCGCGCAAGAAAUGAGUUAUAUGGUUGGGGUCCAUAUAGCUUGGAUAGCGAACGAAUUUCAGAACCUUUUGUGUCUCCAGAAAAAAGGGACUCAUUGGUAUUAGCUAUAAUAACUCCGGCAGCUAUUGUUUCUACAUUUGUGCUUAUUUUGAUUUUAUUACGUACAUUACAAGUUAGACGACAAAAAGCUAAAAAACUACUUGAAAAAAGCCGUCCAAGUAUAUGGAGCAAUAUCUCUACACUGCAGCACCAGCAACUUAUGUCAUCUCGUAAUAGAGCAUUUUCUACCACAAGCCAUUCGACAUUGUACACCGGUGGUCCUUUAAGUGAUGCCGAUAUUGCUCUUUUACCACACAUCAAUUGGAGUCAAAUAACAAUAUUGCAUUUCUUGGGGAGCGGUGCAUUUGGAGAAGUGUAUGAAGGAUUAAUAAAACAUGAAAACAGUGAUCAACAGAAAAAAGUUGCUAUUAAAAGCCUCAGAAAAGGUGCUAGUGAAUUUGCUGAACUUCUGCAAGAAGCUCAAUUAAUGAGCAACUUCAAACAUGAUAAUAUUGUCCAACUUAUUGGUGUUUGCUUUGACACUGAGUCUAUCUCUAUAAUAAUGGAGCAUAUGGAAGGAGGGGACCUACUGACUUAUAUCCGCAACUCAAGACCGAACUCUAAGAGGCCUAUAGCUUCUCUGAAACUCUUAGACCUAACAUCGAUGUGUAUUGACGUAUGCAAAGGUUGUUGUUAUCUAGAAGAUAUGCAUUUUGUACACCGCGACCUCGCUUGUCGUAACUGCUUGGUAUCUUCCAAUGAUCCAAGUAAGCGUAUGGUGAAAAUUGGUGACUUUGGAUUAGCUCGUGACAUAUAUAACAGCGACUAUUAUCGUAAGGAAGGUGAAGGUCUUUUGCCAGUUCGAUGGAUGUCUCCAGAAAGUCUAGUCGAUGGUAUUUUCACAACACAAUCUGACGUGUGGGCUUUUGCCGUUCUUUGUUGGGAAAUAUUUACUUUAGGCCAGCAGCCUUAUGCUGCAAGAAAUAACUAUGAAGUCCUAAAUUACGUGAAAGACGGAGGAAGACUAGAGAAGCCUGAAAUGUGUCCCGCUGAGCUAUUUACUUUGUUAUUGCAAUGUUGGAGUGAACAGCCGGAAGACCGACCAUCGUUUGAAAAAUGUUUUGUUGAAUUAUUAAGAAUUAAAACAGAGUUAAGACGAGUUAAUUUAGGAUUUACAAAUGAUAGCUCUGAUAAUGCUUUAUAUGCUAAUCAGGAAGAAAGUUGUUUAAGUACAUUUCCAAUGACCACAGUUGCAAAAGAAAAUGCUCAUAAUGUUCCCACUGAGGCAGUCUAUGGUGGAAAAUUGUUAAAGACCAAUGUAAACUUGCCAGCUCAGUUCGAAACAUUUUACCAAGACGUUGAUACAAAAACAAUAUCUGACGAUUCUCAGUUAAUCGAAACGAAAAUAGAAGCAAUUAAUAUUGGUCAAAUUAAUGAAGCUAUAUCCAGGCUAUGAAAACCCGUCCAACACAAACCAAUUUAUGAAUAUGAGUAUUUACAACAAAAACUCGAUUUAUUAUAUUUUCAAUAAAGAACUGACGAAAAGUUAUAUAUUAUAAUUUACCAUUAUGUUCGAAUUUUGUACAAAAAUAUGUCACAUAACUGUUAGAAAUGUUUAAUUCUUGUUAAUAUCUGAUUUGUUAUUUGAAGUACUCUAUUAAACUUAACUCAAUUUUAAAGUAAAAGUAAAUUUUAAAUUAAACUAAUUUACAUAAUGAUUACCACAAGAUAAACUAACAAUUGUAUACUUUUCACAAAUCCCUCUUUCUUACAAGAGUUCAAAAUGCCGCAAAGAACUGAAAACAUACACAAACACACACAAAGAAAUUUCAAGUUUCAAUUACAUCUGCUUCAGUUGUUUUUCAGUUAUUCCAUCAACACCUUGCACACAAAAUAUUUGCUUUGAAUAAAACCCCCUGAGGAUUACUUUUUGUCCCUAGAGUUGCACGUGCUGCUUUAAGAAAGAAACUUAACUGAAGGAAUGAGUAAGAAGAGACAGCCAAUUGGCAGGUAUAAGCAAAUUAUGUUAAAUUCGUAAUAUGGCAUUCAGCAACACAAUAAUAAAACCCCACCCACUUAUUACUUAUUCAUAUUUUUUUAAAUCCCAAACAGUGAGAGCUAUUAUUAAGAUGUAUAGCAGUAAAGCUCCGGCUACAUUUGAUGUGCUUCCAAAGGAGAGUAGUGUUAUUUUCGCUGCCUCCAAAUAGUAAAUGAUUUUUUCUGACAAUUUUUUUAUAUAAAGAACGAUGUACAUAAUCGAUGAUUUUGAAAGAACUAUCGAAAAGCAUUGUCAUUCCGCGUUAUAAAAAUAUUAAGCUAUAUGACUUAUAUACAAUAAACGAUUAAAUUAUGUGUCUAUUAUACCGCAUAUACUCUGAACUAUUUAUGAAUAAUACGAAUAAUUGUUAAAUGUCUAACAAAAAAUUGUAUCAUACCUUUUGAGAUUGUUUGUUUGCCAAAGAGACUCUUCACUUGUAUUAGAAUUGUAAUUAUAGACUACCGAAGAAGGAAGUAGAAAUGCACUUUCUGAAAUUAGACCAAAAGGCUUACAGUUAGAAUUUUUUUGAUAUAGAAAAUGUCUUAUAUUUUUAAAAUAUUUUAAUAUUUGAUUACCAAGUUAUAUGCAAUUAAGAACAACAAGAAUAUUGUGUAAAAAUGUUGUUCUGAGUGGAAUGUAUUGACAAAUUAUUAUUAAUAAAAAAAAGCGAAACCAAAGUUAAACGGUGGUUGAUGAACCAGAAAUGGUAAAA